AUGUCACAACAGAGGCGUCAACAGUCAAGAAGCUCAUCUGGUCAGAGAUCUAGGAGUGCUCAAAGUGACCAACAAGCUGCUAGUACCGCGGCGCAACUUGAAGCCCUGAAUAUUUCGUCCCGUACCCCGCCUCCGUCGAUCACCGUCCAACGGACGCCGGAGUACACUCCAUCCAACCUGAGUAGUUUUGUUACAAAUGUACGGGUUCCAGUUACUCGAGAACAGCAAGACUGGACGUCGCUCCAGAUGACGGCUACAGUUGAUUCAAAUACCUCGUCACUACCAUUUGGUUCUGAUGUGUCCAACAAUCCAAUAUCUUACAGUUCCUUUCCUGUGAGACAAGAACAACUUUCUUCCGUACAUAUGAGAGGUGUCUUUGAUUACACCAUUUCCCCGCAUUCAUCAAAUUUUGGGCAACAGAAUUAUUAUUACACAGGACCUUCCCAGCAACUUCCAGAUUACGGAACGAGGAAUGCAUCCUCAAUGUCGCAAGGAUUUCAAGGAAAUUUCGACAGUCGAAUCUCCUCACAGCAGGGGGCUAUUCUUCCAGAUGGCUCCCUAAAUAUUCUUCCACCAGACAGACAUCAGUAUUCACUUCAAUCACCUGAAAUGCCUUUAGCGGGACAGCAUAAAAAUAGAACAUCGAGUACACCCAUAGGGCAGGAAGCACAGGGGCCGGUUUCUAGUCCAAGAGGUAGACAGGAUGAAUACCUACAGCCCGCCGCAUUUGCGUCACAUUCCUCGGCAGAAACAUAUCCAAAUAUAUCUCCAAGCACAUCAUCUCUCACGCUGGACUAUGUGAAUCAUGCGCCAUCAAACGUUGCCGGUCAUACUCUUUCCACUUCCCAUUCUCUCUAUGACCCAUUACAUCCAUAUCAAAGCUCCCGACAAUACCCCUUUUCCCCCAUUUCAGAUACCGGGAUUCCAGUUCCUGCAGCUCAGGUUGAUGGCAUUGGUACUCCGUAUAGUGUGUCCCCGACCCCAGAAGACCAAAUACGAAUUGUGAAUUCUCGCGCGAAACCCCAAUGUUGGGAUCAUGGAUGCAAUGGUCGUGAAUUUUCGACAUUUAGCAAUCUUCUACGUCACCAACGCGAGAAAGCAGGUACCGCUACCAAAUCAGAGUGCCCACAUUGCGGAACGGUCUUCACCCGGACGACUGCGCGUAAUGGACAUUUAGCACAGGGCAAAUGUAAGGCGAAGCGAGAAGUUGAGAAACGGCAACAGCAACAACAACAGCAACAGCAACAGCAACAGCAACAGCAACAGCAACAGCAACAGCAACAGCAGGAAUAA